AUGAAAUCUUCAACCUUUUUCCUUGUGCAGGCCUUUUCUGCCUUUCAGCUAGUUGCGGCUCGCGCAAGUAAUGGCACCGCUGACUCUACCACUCUGCAGUCAUUUGGACAGCCGGUGGGACAGCCAGUCGGUGGUUUUGUAUCGGUACGAGCCGGCCGCAAACAAACGCCUUUCCCACAAUGGCUCACGGACUUCACGGGCCUGAAUGAAUGGCCUGGAGUCGACCCUCCAUAUAUUCCCAUGGAUUUUAUCGAUUUCAAAGAGAUCCCCGACUACAAACGUUAUGAGCAGGGCGUUUGUGGCGUCAACCCUCCUGAGUCGUGCUCGUUCGACUGCGACCGCUGUCUGGCACCAGACGAUGUGUACACCUGUCGCCGGAUUUCGCAAACAUUCGACGAUGGUCCCUCUUUGGCUACCGAAAGACUGUUGAACAGCCUGGAUCACAAAACGACGUUUUUCAAUCUUGGAAUGAACAUCGUCAAUUUCCCAGAUAUGUACCACAAAAUUUUGGACAACGGGCAUCUAGUAGGGACUCACACUUGGUCCCAUCCAUUCAUGCCCAGCUUGACAAACGAGCAAAUCAUUGCUCAGCUCCAAUGGUCUAUCUGGGCAAUGAAUGCAACCGGACACCAUUUGCCAAAAUGGUUCAGACCCCCAUAUGGGGCUAUUGACAACAGGGUUCGGUCAAUUGCUAGAAUGUUUGGACUGCAAGCUGUUUUGUGGGACCAUGAUACAUUCGAUUGGCAACUUUUGGCUGAGGACCAAACGGCAAGGACAGAGGAAGAUAUCUACAAAGAGGUUCAAGAUUGGAAAAGAAGCGGUACGGGUUUGAUCCUUGAGCAUGAUGGUACUUUCAGGACCGUUCAGGUUGGAGUUAACGUUGACAAGAUUCUGGGGAAUAAUCAGCUAACAGUAGCCGAAUGUGUUGGAGGGAUUGACUACAUCAGAACGUUUCCCCAAAACUUGAAGCCUCGCGAAGUUGAAAAUUAA